GUUUGCCAAAGUCAAGCUUUGCCAUGCGGAGCACCAAGUCCGUGGCUUUGUGCUUCAUUUUCCUUCUCGCAGGUGCAGAGGCUGUGCGUACAGUUGAGAAUGUCAACCAACUGGAGGCCUUGAGUUUGGCCCUCCAUGAGGGCAAAGGCAAGGAGACAGCUUUUUCAGGGAGCUCCCAGGCACUGCAACCGGAGGAUGCUUCAGCGUCGCUGUUGGAGCACUUGGAGGCAAUCAAUGCCAGUUCCCACAGAGUUAUGAGUGGAGAAGGUCUCCUAUGGAGAAAGUACUGCAUGCUGACCUGCCCCACGCCAUGGAUCAAAAUGGCAUACCAUACUUUCCGGGCCCGCGCAGAUGCCUCAAAGGUAGUUGAAGGGGCUUUCGCAGCAGGCGGAAGCCUGAGUAUGCUGCCAGUCGCCGAUCUCAACCUGGCCGAGGCAUACACCUUGACUAUGAAGACUCUGGACAACAGUGCGAUGCAGCGGGUGGUGCUCACCUUGGUCGUGGCCCCUUUCAGCCUCUUCCGGAAGCUGACCACGAUGCAGCCUCUGGGCCUUUGCGUCUUCAAGCAUGCCUGGAAGGAUCUGCAGCAUUCUGAGAGCUACAAGCAGAAAAGCCCGCGGUGGUGGAAGUUUUUCUUCCUUGGCUGUCCGGAAGAUGCGGCCGAGCCAACCCCAAGCUUUGCAGACGAGAGCUCCGCUAAGCACCUCUUGGGAGGAAUGGUGGAUGCAAUCUCGGAGCCCGAGGGUCUUGAGGUGGAGGAGGAGGCAGCAAAGUGGCGGGGAGCAUCGACUCAUGCGCAGUGCGUGAAGCUGUUCGUCCGGAAAAAUGUGUGGUUAACUCGGGCGCUGCAAAUCGAAAAAGGGAUUGUGGCGUGGAUUGCUGACCCGAUGAAGUGCAAGGGGGUCGGUGCACUGGACAGGAUCAAAUACAACCUUGGGCACAAGCGCUAUUUCGCCUUGGAGUUUGUGACCGCGCCCCCUGGUGCUGAGGCAGUACAGCUCGUGGACAGCUCACAGUGUGUCACUUUGAAGAACCCCUACCGGCAGUUCAAGUUCUGUGGUACAGCUGGUGAGAGCAUGGCCAAGGCCAAGGAGGUCCUGGACCAGCAUCUCUCCAUCCUAGGUACGGAGCACCGCGUGUUUCAGAUGACGGCUAAGGUGGGUCGACUGGUUGCAGCCAGUGCAGUUGCUGAUGAUGAGCAUGAGAGGAAGGACCUUGACGAUAGCAUUGAUCAGUCCGGAGACUCCAGUGUUGAUGGGCUUGCGUCUGAAAUCGGCGAGCUGUCGGGAGAGACGGAGUCAACUGAUGCCGCGACAGCAAUCCAGAUUUUGGAGCAGGUCAAGAAGGCCUCCUCCCUGAUUGCCACUGGAAAGGUGCAGGGAGGCUCAGCUUUGCUUCAGGAAGCUUAUGCGGCUUCUCACAGCAACAUGCAUCUUGUGGACAUCAUGAGCGGGAAGGCGCAUGACGUCACCAAAACACAGGGUGCGGAGCUUGUGAGGUCUUCGAGUAGCGAUGGUGGCUUGGGUGCAACCCUCGCAGGGUUAAGCACCCUGUCCAUUGUGAUGCUGGGCCUCUUCCUCUUCGUGUGCAUUGGAGGUAUCGGCUGCGCAGCACUCAUCGUUCUUGGCACCGUUCUGGGCAUUAAGGAGGGGUGGAUUCAUUACACCGAGAAACGGCGCUUGCGGCUCAAUGCCACCAAUUCAUCAAGCCUGCAGACCUUCCCGGUCCUCCCCCGUCCAGCUCUAGCCUGA